ACAGUGAAUCAAGCAGUGGGAACUUAGAAUGUAUUUACUACCGGAUUUUACACUGCUACUGAUGUUAUAUGCUUUUCUCCUCAUCUCGUAUUUAUGUUUGUUGAGAUUUUGGAGGAAUGACAACCUUCCCCCUGGACCAACACCUCUUCCAUUGUUGGGGAACUUCCUAGAGUUAAGAGUAGGAGGAAUAGUCAAUUCUUUGACAAAACUCACUGAGAAAUAUGGUGACAUAUUUACUGUCUAUCUGGGGUCCCGUCCAGUCGUGGUGGUCACCGGAUACAAGUUAGUAAAACAAAUCUAUUUGGACGAUGGAGAUGAUUACUUAAAUCGGGGAGACAUGCCACCAUGGGAAUCUUUCUACAAAGGUCACGGCUUGUCUUUUACCAAAAACAUGAACAGGUGGAGGAUACUUCGUCGGUUUUCUAUGCCUGUUUUGCGGGAUCUUGGCUUUGGGAAAAGGUGCACUGAAGACCGUAUUCAAGAAGAGACAUCCCGCCUGGUUGCCGAGCUAAAGAAAACUCAUGAAUCAUUUUUUCAUCCUCAGCACCAUUUCAGCAAAGCUAUUUGCAAUAUUGUUUUCUCCAUCAUGUUUGGAAAUCAUCAUAAAUAUGAGGACAAUGACAUAGAUACUGUUUUAUCUUGUAUACAUGAAGCAUUCAUUAUUGGCUGCUCAACCUGGGGACAGAUGUAUGAUAUGUUUCCUGGCCUGAUGAGAGUUAUUCCUGGGAGCCACCACAACAUAUAUAAUCUAUUGAAGAAGCUCAGCCAGUUUGUAGAAACCAGAGUACAAAUUAAUCAGAGGACUUUGGAUCCUGAUAACCCAAGGGAUUAUGUUGAUGUUUUCCUCAUUCAAAUUGAAAAGGAGAAAAAUAACCCAGACAGUGAAUUUUAUAUGAAGAAUUUACUGGCAAACACAAUACAGAUCUUCUUUGCUGGGGUGGAGACCAUGAGCACAACGCUGACCUAUUCUCUCUUAGUUCUCUUGAAAUACCCUGAUGUCCUUGCCAAGGUACAAGAGGAAAUCGACAAUGUUAUUGGUCGACAUCUUAGCCCAUCCUUGCAAAACAGAAGCAACCUGCCUUACACAGAAGCAAUGAUCCAUGAAAUACAAAGAUUCACAAACCUGAUUCCCUUGGGUUUACCAAGGAAAACACUUAGAGAGGUGAAACUUAAAGGAUACACAUUACCAAAGGACAUCGAUGUUAUCCCAGCACUGACAUCUGUUCUGCAAGAUCCAUCCUGUUUUAAGUACCCAACAGAAUUCAACCCUGAAAAUUUUCUCAAUGAAAAGGGAGAAUUUCAGAAGAAUAAUGCCUUCAUGCCUCUAGCUGCAGGAAAGAGAAUCUGUCUCGGAGAGCCACUGGUACGAAUGGAACUAUUCCUCUUCCUUACCACCAUUCUACAAAAUUUUAACUUGAAUUCCUCUGUGCCUCUGGAAGAUCUGGACAUCACACCUAUUGUAUCUGGACUGGCAAAUUUUCCCAAACCAUACAAAAUUGCCUUUAUUCCUCGUUGACUGUUAAUAUUGUUGCAGAACAUUCAGGUGUCUUUAGAAAUGUAGUUUAGGGUGCAAGUGUUUAUUUGUUGAGAAUUUAGUAUGUUUGUGAAAUUCCAUUCAUGAACAUAUUUGAUACCACUAUAUUAUGAAUUAUCUGGUUUAUAGCUCGACCGUAAUUAGAUCGACAGUCAAUAGGUCAACCCCAUAUGUUCGAUAUGCAUUAGGUCGAUAUGGUCAUUAGGUCGACUUGUAAAAGGUCAAACAUGCUUAAGCGCAACAGGUACAAAAGAAUGACAGGUUCAAAUGGUUGACAUGACAGUGGUCCACACACCUAUGAUUGACAAAGGUUUUAUUUUCUCUACAUUUUCAUCCCUUUGCAUCUACGCAGACUAUGAUGGUAAUAGUAACCUUCCCCGAAGCAUGGCGAGCGAAGUGAGCCACGUAAGGGGACGCAGUACACUAACUGGAGUCAUGUGAUUAAUAAACCAAAAUGACACCAAAAAAAACAAAGAAACAUUGUGUCAACCUUUUUAGUGUUGACCAUUUCCGUGUCAACCUCUUUAAUGCAUCGACCUUUUGUACCUGUGGACCUUUCAAUCUUGACCUAAUGACCCUGUCGACCUUUUGACCCUGCUGACAUGUUCGUUGACCAUAUGGGGUCAACCUAUGCCUGUUGACCUAAUUAGGGUUGACCCAAUUACCCACACCCCUAUGAGGGCAAUCUUUAUUUUAUCAAUUAAAGAAUUAAAAAUCAACAAUUAUGUUAUGGGCAAAAUUAUUUUUUUUAUAUAUUAGGAUGGACACAUUGAUGUUACAUUAACAGGGCAAUAUUAUUUUAGCAUUAUAUUAAGUGAGACAAUACUAUUUUAUAAACAUAUUAAGGGGAUAAAACUAUAUGAUUGGGUGCAAAGAUAAUUAACAUAUUAUUUAUAGUGUAGACUUUAUGGGGUAAAUUUACUAAAGUUCAUGUUUGUCCGAGUUGGAAAACACUGGAGUGUGUGGCCAUUUUUUAAUUUACAGAAAUUUACUAAAGAACAGACGCAGGAGUAUUUGUUCAAAGAGCCGUACAAGACAUUGGUGAACAUGGACAUGCGAUCAAAUACACAAUUGGCCAAACUUGGAUAUAAUAGUCAUAAACAAUACUGAAACAAGGGAAUAUACCUAGAAUCGUGUCUGUGAAUUGUGCAAACUUGGAUCAAAAUUUUAUUUUUAAAUAGACAUCCCCCUUUAAAGAAGCCUGCACAGAUCAGUGAAAUCUGUGCAGUGCUUCCCUGUUGAAAAGGUAAACAAAUAGGAAGAAAAAAACAGGAUAGGGUCCCCCACCCUGGGUAAAAAACAUAACAAACACCAGGCUUUUUGAACUGGUCCUGUUUCUAAAAAUACAGAGAGAAAAAGUGUGAGGUCCCCCUGUAUUUUAAGAACCAGUAUCGGGCUCUUGAACCAGUCCAGGUUCCAGAAAUAUGGGGGGAGGGAUACUUAGGGGUCCCCUGUAUUUUUUAAACCAGCAAUAGGCUCCACUAGCAAGGGUGGUAAUGCCAUAGCCAGGGACACACUUAUAUUGGUCCAUUGACUAUAAAAUUAGCCUCCCUGCAUUUUACUGGGAGAGUUGGAACCCCCCCAAUAAAGGGAUUCCCCCACCAGGCACCUAAGGCCAGGGCAGAAGUCUGGGCUAUCACGAGUAUCCCUCACUGGAGGGUGCCAAGUUCAUUGUCCAUUAGUUUAUAUGUGAUAAAAAAUGGUGUUUUACAGCAGGGUCUACAGGUCUCAUGCCUACCUGCAGCUAGUACUUGGAGAACCAUAAGUGCCAGCACACAGGGCAUUAAUAGCCCACUGGUACCUAUAGCUACACUGUAAAUAAUAUUCUUGAAAAAUAGUACUCACACACCAUGAAAGUAAAACUUUAAUAAUCACUCUUUCAUGCUAACAAUUACACAUACUUACUAACAAUAUCUGUAGCCAUUCACAUCCUCUUAUCUAAGUAGACAUCUACAUAAACUGUAAAAAUAAAAUAAAAACUCCAUAAUCCUUUUUAGUUCAUGUAGGCAUCCCA